GCUUCACGGAGCUUCCACUAAAGUGAAGAGACUUCCUGCAGAUGUUGCCAUGGCAACCUAACAAAUGGAAGUCCAAGUGAGAGGGUGAAAUAAACACGCUAAUGCUGUAUCUGGUAAAUUAAAACCACAACAGGAUGCCUGUCUACAUUCGGAAAGGUCCGACAGAAAUCCCGGAGCCAUCUGAGGGAGGAGGCAGUGAUGAUGACAAGGAUUUGUUUCUGAGGGAUCCAGAACAGUUUCAGGACCGACUCCCUCAGCCCUACCGCAUGAUUGAAAAAGUUCUGAACAGACUGGUCGACAAAGCGUGGGGAGUCAUCUCAGAGCGAGAGGCGAGCCGUAUCGCCAAGGGGUCCAGGAAAAAAAAAAAUGUUUUGGACCCGACGGCUGAAGUUAAGCUUCAGAAAAAGCCUAACUGCCUGUCCUGCUCAAGGGAUGGAAAAUAUGUUUUCUUGGGUCACUACCAGGGACUGUCUGUUAUCAGCACCUCGUCUCUCAUCUGCGUCGCAGCAUGGGAGGACGAAAGCUUGGAAAUCACAUCCCUUCACAGCGGCUGUCUCGGAGAGGUGACAUAUGUCCUGUCUACUGUGGACGAUAUGGGAGUUUCAAGGAUAUUUGCCUUUUGUCCAGACUUUAUCUGCUUAAUUAAAACCAUCAAUGAAACAGAUGACAUAAGUCAAAGGAAAGUAUACACAAAAUUUGAACUGUCUGAAGGUGGGAACUGUGCAGCUGCUGUUAUUGAGUGCAGUGGGGAAUUUUGGCUAGAGGUCUAUCGAUUUCCCGUGGAGACCUGGCUGAAAGAGCUGGAGGUCAUUCAGGCUGCAUCUCAAAAACAGGUGCCACACUCACCUGGAGGUGGAGAAAUGAAAUGUUCUCCCAUAGGUCUCAUUAUGAAGAUAAGGCCACCAAGAAUCCUCUCAGGCACAUCUUUGAAAAGUCCCUUUGAAGUGUUACAGAGGACUGAGGAUGGAAACGUGAUUGGUUCAGGCAAACAUCACAUGAUAAGCGGUCACCAGUGGGAGGAUCAGCAGGCUGUGUUCAAGUAUGUGUAUAGAAAAGUUCUCUGUGAAAACAAGUGCAAAGCAAAGGAAGGAGAGGACAGUCCCAGUAGAACCUCCUCCUACCCAUCCACCCCAAGCCCCCAAUCAUUGCCACUGCCCACUUCCAAAACUAAAUGAAUUACUGUAUACUACUAUAGAAUCAAGAUUACUUUUAAAAGCCAAGAAAA